AGUUUACAGCGCAAAACAUGUUGGAUGUUAUUUUAUCGAAGCUGAAACUACUUAUCAGGCUUAACGAGGUAAAAUAAACAAGGUACAAAAAAACUGGCUACUUUUAAGAAUAAAAAUGUUUUGCUGGUUUAGUAAAAAUUUCUUCAAGUUUUUAAUUCAAUUUAAGUUAAUUUUUCUGGCGUCGUUCACUUAAUUUAAUAUCGUAUGCAAAUUUGCAACACAAAACGUAGAGCGUAUUUACAGUGUACCGAGAUAACCUUCGCAGAUAGAAUGGCUGCAUUUUGUUCUUUUUCCGCAUUAACAGGCGGAAAAUGCGGAAGUAAUCGAGGAUGUGUCGAUUUUGUGUGCUUGAAUAGUUGCAACGCUGACAUUAGUUCACACCUAAUGAAUCACCACCUGUCAAGGGAAAAUGUUUGUGAAAUGGAUCUGAUACUGGCAAGGGCAGGUCUGUUAGAACUCACUGAUGAUCAGAUCAAGAAUAUGACGGUUUGUCCAGUCCAUCGUUACACUUUGGGAAAAUACUGGCAAGCUCCAAAGACCUGCCAGUAUCCAAAACAUCACGGGAAGAAAAUGGCAAUAGCCGGAACACAUGUUAUUAAUUUCAAGACUGCAAGGGAAAUAAAAAAUAUCUUUGGAGAAGCCGUUCCCGUUGGCUCGCGUAAGUACUAUCAGACUAGCAACUAUAACUGUUUUAUGCUUUCAUUUUAUAAUUAACAUAUCAGAAUUAAAGGGUUUUGUCUUCCUUAACAUUUCAACUAAAUACUUUCGUUCGUAAUUACUUAAAAGCGAGCUGUAGACUGAGGGGAAGUCCCAUUCUAUAUAUUUUCUGAACGAUAAACGAUCGAUCCCGUAUUUGAUAGUAUUUUGCAGCCAGAAAAUCAUUUCCAAAAAAAUAACAUAUCAAAUGAUCAUAAUUUGGUUUUUGUAGUUCAUUACAGCAAUAGUUCUUUGCUGUGCGUCAUCCAUAAAUUCAGUCGCUGAUUUAUAGCCUAUAACAUAAUUUCCAAGAUGGGAUAUAAAGAUAUAGCUUCUAUUAUCAACUUAGUAGUAAAUUCAGUAUUUUUUUAACAAGUCUUUCCAGGUUGGAAAACUUUUUUUUUUGUUACUAUAGCUAUUUGCACAACGUGCAGAAAGAAACACAGUGAAGAAGUAGAUCGGAAAUCAGACUGGCUAUACCCUGAGGAAACUGAGGGAGAUGUGCUCCUUCAAAGGUACUGUCGGGAGGGUAGUCGUUUGGUUGUUGUUUUAUAAAAAACACACACACGGUUGUCCUGUCAGGUUAUCCUAUCGCAAGGCAACUAAGUAGCAACCUUUCCAUUUUUAUUCUCCGCAGACCUGCUAAAGAGGCUGCUGUGGGAGCCAUCGGUCGCAUGGUCACUUCAACUCCAUUUCUUGAAGACCAAUCAACGCCAGCUUCCUCGAAUCCGAUAACACCAUGCUGGACUCCAGGGUCAGAGGAGGCCUCUUUAACUUCACCCGUGGUAACCGAUGCAGUCGGCAGGUAUAACGAGGCGAUGGAUACAAUUGCGAGUCUUACUACACAAGAACAAGUAGAACGCGAACCUCUUAAAUAUCAGCUUAAAACUCCAUUCCAAAAUUUAAGCGAUGGGGAACAGCUGAAAUUUGUAAAAACGGCUAAAGAGGACUGCUUGCACGUAUGUAAUGUAAUUGCCCCAGGUAACGGAGAGGAGCUCUUCGAGUCAAUGAUGUCUGUACAAAGAGAAUUAUUUGAUGGCGCAGUCCCCGAUGAUCUUGUGGUACUCAUGACUGCUUAUAAGAACGCAAAGACCAGGAAUUUAAAGAAACAGAUUCUGAGCCUUUACGCUCAAAGAUACCCUAUGACCAAACUGAAGAAAAUUCACCAACCUUACGGAAGUCUCUCUACAUGGGAAAUAAAGCAAGCACGUUCUCAUGCUAAAAUGCACGGUCCUGGGACCAUCCCUGAAAUCAAGAUGAAGCAUCGCGUACGCCUUGAUAUGGGGAAGGUCGACCACUUUGUAGAGUUCAUUAAUAGACCGUACUUUUAUCAGGAUGUUUCAUAUGGUAACAAGGUACUCACCCUAGAUAAUGGUGACAGAAUUGAGAUGCCUAACGUUGUAAGGAUCCUGACCAGGUCUACAAUGAUUGAGCAAUACUUGGAGUAUUGCAAAGAGCAAUGUCACGAGCCACUUAGUAGGUCUACUCUGUUUAAAAUAUUGGAGGUUCGAGAAGCGUCUCCGCGUAAAUUGCUCCAGGGAUUGGACAAUACGGCUGCAGAUGGUGCUGCGGGCUUUCAGACUAUUGAGACGCUGGUUGAAACUCUUGAGAAGGGAGGAAUGGAGAAACAGUGGUGUUUACGUAUUUGCCAAAACCUACGCGAUGCUAAACGCUAUCUCAAAACUGACUACCGUGUACACUGUCAACAGCAUUACUCUACUUGUGCUGACCACUGUAGAAAGUUUGCACUUAGUGAUCCUGUUGAUCCCGAGCUCCAGCAUCCUUGUCCGCAUCAGCAUCAAUCGACUUGCGAGCAAUGCCAAGGGCUGAAGGAUGUUCUAAAGGAAGUGAGACUAGCGAUUGAAGGGUCGUCAUGGAAGCCUUACAGUUGCGAACAACGAGAAGAUGUCCUUUACGACUUUGACCGUGCACAGUCAGACAUCUUGCUGUGGAAAGCGCACAUUGUACACUCAAUAAAUCAGGAGGAGGCGAAACAAGAUGCACUGAAAUCAGAAGACCCACAGUCAGCCAUUCUGAUCAUGGACUGGGCCAUGAAGUUCCUCCAAAUAAAAUUUCGUGAGAAACAGUCUGAAUGGUUCGGCAAACGGGGGCUCAGCUGGCAUAUUUCCACCUUUAUAACUAAGAAUGUUGACUCUGGAAAAAUUGAGCUGCAAUCGUAUGCUCAUAUCUUCGACUCUUGCCAGCAAGACUGGUACGCAGUAUGCUCGAUCAUCGAAAACACACUUGAGGUUGUAAAGAAAGAACAUCCCCAGAUUACCCAAGUGAACCUAAGGAGUGACGAAGCAGGCUGUUACCACAAUAACUUUCUCUUAGCCGCCGUUAGAGAUGCCGGAAGACGAGUAGGCAUUUAAGUAGCACGGUAUGACUUUUCCGAGCCGCAGUAUGGAAAAGAUAUCUGUGAUAGAAUCCUUUGUCCAAUGAAAUCAUCCAUCCGACGAUAUUGCAAUGAAGGACACGAUGUCGUUUCUGCGAAAGACAUGCGUGUAGCGCUUUCAGAACGUCCUGUUCAAGGUACAACUGCCUCCGUGUGCGCAAUGAAUGAGACUCAAAAGACACUCGAAGUACAUAAGAUAGAAGGUUUCAGCAAGUAUCACAAUUUCAAGUUUGAAGUGAAAGGAAUUAGAGCAUGGAGAGCUUAUGGUGUUGGACUAGGCAAGUUUAUUCCUUACCGAGAGGUCAUAACUGAACCUCAAGGUCCUACUGGUCUCAUUGUGCAUGAAAACUUCUUUCCUCUCAAAGAAGCUCGAGUGUAUAAGAGAGAAAGAAACAGUGAAAAUGAACAAUGCAAGGGUCUUUUCUCUUGUUCUGAGCCCGGGUGCAACAUGGUUUUCAAGAAAUUCAGUGAACUCGAAAAUCACCUUGAUGUUGGUGAGCACAGCCAAGUUCGCGGAAACUCUGAUACGGUGUAUGACAAGCUCAGAAGAGACUGGGCGGAGAAAUUUCGUACUGUUGAUAAGGACGAAGAAAUCAGAACCGUGCCUGAAGCAGUUGUACAGGAGUAUCAUGAAAAGAAUAAAACUGGCAGCUCUUCCGAGUGCAGUGACUUGCAGACUGGAUGGGCUCUACACAAGCCCCGAAACGAAGCUGUGCGUUUUCCUACCGAGGUUAAACAGUACCUAACAACGAAAUUUGAUCUUGGAGAAAGAACUGGCAUCAAGUCAGAUCCCACAAAAGUGGCAGUAGAUAUGCGAACUGCAAGAAACCCAGACAGUUCUCGGAUGUUUGAGAGGAAACAUUGGCUCACAAAGGGUCAAGUACAGGGAUUUUUUUCGAGGCUAGCGGCCUCGCGAAGAAGCAAAGCACAUCGGGAAGCGCUCAAUGAAGACGUAGAGGCGGAACAGGAAGAGCAGGAAAGACGAGCCACCCUGGAAGAGGUAGCCACCCACCUUGGUCCUAAGCAUCCGAUCUGCUAUGAUUCAUACUGUUUAUGUGACCUUUCACACGAGAAGAAACUUGAAACAUUUAGCGUUGCUAUGCUCAAGGACAUGUUGAAAUACUUUGAAAUUCCUUUUAGUUCUCGCGAUAGAAAAAAAUUCUUGUAGCGAACCUAUCGGAAUUUCUUGAAGGCUGUGACUGUAACCAGCCACGUUAAGGCACAAACCGCUAUUAUAGUAACCAACAGGUUUUUCAACCUCGAGUUCAAGAAGAUCGUGGAGGCAGUUAUUUUUCAAACACUUGAAAAGACGUUUUAAGAUCUUUAUACUUUUUGAAAUUCCUUUUAGUUCUCGUGAUAGAAAAAAAUUCUUGUAGCGAACGUAUCCGAAUUUCUUGAAGGCUGUGACUGUAACCAGCCGCAUUAAGGCACAAACCACUAUUUAAUAUAGUAACCAACAGGGUUUUUCGACCUCGAGUUCAAAAAGAUCGUGGAGGCAGUUAUUUUUCGAAAACUUGAAAAGACGUUUUAAGACCUUUAUACUUUUUGAAAAGUCGAAUUAGAAAAGAACAUGUUUUUUUGUCAACCGUACUAAAAAGGUACAUACGCGUGACAAGCUAAAAGACUGACAUUCACGCGUAGCCAGCGUGACGGGAAAUUAACACUGUUCAGAUGAUUUGAAUUUCGGCUGUAACGUACCGGGUGUUUUUAAUAAAAUGUGUAAUUCUUUUAAACAGGACUCACUUUCGUCAAGUAAUUAUAUGCUUAACCUGAAUGAAAAGCUUUUUCUUUUUUUGUUGAUCAGGAAAACCUACGACCAAUUUAAUUGAAUGAAAUUUUGUAAACGGCUUUUAGAAGUAAACUUAGACGACUGACAACUUACCCCGGAAUCGAUAAUUUCGACUAUUAA